GGCCCUCGGAUUUGGAUCGGCCUCUGAAAUUUCGUGAAACUACGCAUAACGCGUCGAAAUAUGGAAUUUUUUUUUAAGGGGGUUUGGGAUCGGUGGUCAUGUUCCCGUUGGCAUCAACAUUGUGAUUUUGUAAUUGUUAUGAUCGGUGGACUCUCUCUUUGUUGCCUAGAAAUGGAUUGAAUUAGAUUACAGAGAUAGGCCGAAAGCAUGAUACUUAGAGAAAGGUUCCAUGUUGAUAAAAUGUCCUCUGCUCAUGUGUAUUUGAGAAUGCACAAAGGUCAGACAAUUGAUGAUAUUAGUGAAGGUGUGCUGGAGGACUGUGCUCAGCUUGUCAAAGCAAAUUCCAUCCAAGGUAACAAGGUAAACAACAUUGAUGUUGUUUAUACUCCUUGGGCAAAUCUGAAGAAAACGCCAUCCAUGGAUGUUGGUCAAGUUGGUUUCCACAAUUCAAAAAUGGUUCGCACCGUGAGAGUUGAGAAACGGCUUAAUGAUGUUGUCAAUAGACUGAACCGGACAAAAGUUGAAAGGAAACCUGACUUAAAAGCUGAGCGUGAGGCAGUCAAUGCAGUUGAACGAGCAGAAAGAAAGCAACAGCUAAGAGAUAAAAAACGACGAGAGGAAAUGGAAAGGCUUGAAAAAGAGAGGCAGGCGGAACUAAGGAGCUACAAGGGCUUGAUGGUUGCUGAAAAUAUGACAUCGAACAAGCAAAUUGCCUCCGCAAGCAAGUCUUUACAGGAACUGGAGGAGGACUUCAUGUGAUAAUGUUUUACUGUGAUGUGGUCAGCUGUUGCUUGCUCUCAACAAGGGACUUUAGUCGUUCAGCUAUAAUCCUAGGCCAAGGAGUCUUUCCUCAAAGAUGAAUGAUCUCCAUCCUCUAACCAUUGAUUCCCCUACUAUAUGGAACUGGCUACUUUUGAUGAUAGUGAAAAAAUGCUGGGUGCACUUGGUACAGAGAGGAAGUGUUGGAUUCGGAAAGGCUUAAGGGGAACUUCAUGUUCCUUGCUGUAAUUUUAUGAGAUGUGUCCUAUGAAGAAUCUAACAGAUACAACUUCGAUCUUUCGGGGUUGAAUAUCUACGUUGUAGAAACUUGACGAGACAUCAUGUUAUGCUAUGUUGUCUUGUGAGUUGUGUGGAAAGAGUCUUUCUUGAAUUCAACUUUUCAUAUGCGCUGUUAGCCUUUAAACUGCUUA